AUGGCACCGCUCCUUGUUCUGCUCCUGGCCGGGGUGGUGAGUGCAUCCCGCGGGGACCGGGAGCCGGUGUACCGGGACUGUGUGAACGCAUGUGAGCAGAGGAAUUGUACCGGGAGCCGGCUGCAGGACUUCCGGGCUGAGCAGCCCCUCUACAUGAGGCUGACUGGCUGGGUAUGCUUGGAUGACUGUCGUUACCAGUGUAUGUGGGACACAGUUUCCCUUUAUGUUAAAGAAGGAUAUUCUGUUCCCCAAUUUCAUGGCAAGUGGCCAUUUUCCAGAUUCCUGUUCUUUCAGGAACCAGCAUCUGCCUUGGCCUCUUUUCUCAAUGGCCUUGCCAACCUAAUGAUGCUACAGCGUUACCGCGCCUCUGUUCCUGCCUCCUGCCCUAUGUACCACACCUGCCUCACUUUUGCCAUGGUCUCCAUAAAUGCCUGGUUCUGGUCUACAAUUUUUCACACGAGAGACACUGCGAUUACUGAGAAAAUGGACUACUUCUGUGCCUCGGCAGUCAUUCUGCACUCUAUCUACCUGUGCUGUAUGAGGACUUUGGGUCUUCGAUAUCCUUCUUUUGCUACUGCUUUUGGUGCUGUCCUGGUGGUACUCUUUGCAUGCCAUGUGUCUUACCUAACCCUGGGACGCUUU